UUCCGCUUGCCCAUGCAUCCUGCCGUCAUGUCAUCCACGUUCAAAAUCGUCAUUUGACUGUCUUCUGUUUGAUUAUGUCCCAGUAGACACUUCUCCUUGAUCAACAAUUUCGCACCUCGACAUGGUCCUGGAUCUCGGCAACUGCACCUACUCCGCGUUCUUCAUCCCUCUCCGAUCUGGCCCAUGACUUCUCCAACUCGUCAUGGCCUCUCACCUGGUGCCAUUGAAACCUUGGCCGGCCUAUCUGCAGGCCUCGUUUCCACCAUAAUUGUCCACCCCUUGGACAUCAUAAAGACAAGGCUGCAAGUCGACACCUCUGCCCAUCCCCUUCUCAAUUCUUCCCGAGCCGUCCUCCACGAUAUUUUGCGGAAUGAAGGUCCAACUCGUAUUGCGGCUUUGUACCGUGGACUGACCCCCAACCUCGUUGGCAACUCAGCUGGCUGGGCUCUAUACUUCUUGUGGUACAAAGAAGCUCAAGAUGUGGUCCGUAGUGUUCGAGGCUAUGCUCCAGGGCAACAACUCACCUCCUUCGACUACCUGUCCGCCUCAGCGGCUUCUGGAAUGCUCUCAGCAAUACUCACGAAUCCAAUCUGGGUCGUGAAAACACGAAUGCUCUCGACUUCGUCGGCUCAGACCGGGGCAUACCCUGGAAUGAUCUAUGGCUUGCGGUCAAUAUACAGAACAGAAGGUAUCCGAGGCUUCUUCCACGGCAUGACGCCUUCACUCUUCGGUGUCAGUCACGGAGCGCUUUAUUUCGUGGCUUAUGAGAAGCUAAAAUUAUGGCGAAAACAAGUCAAGAAGGACGCGCCACUCUCCAAUGCUGACACCCUACUCACAUCGUCCCUGUCAAAGGUUUUUGCCGGCUUGAUAACCUAUCCCCACCAGGUGGUGCGGGCAAGGCUGCAAACAUACGAUCCCAGCGCCAUCACGCCCGUGCGAGGCCCUGGCAUGGUUGAUCUGAUCAAACAGGUCUGGCACAAUGAAGGCAUCGUUGGCUUCUAUAAAGGACUGUUUCCAAACCUCCUCCGAGUAGUACCAAGCACAUGCGUGACAUUUCUUGUGUACGAGAAUGUCCGGUGGCGUCUGCCGAGGAUGUUUGGAGCACAGGGUGAUGAAGCGGCCGUGGGGGUGGCAGGAAAUGCGAACAAAAAGGAGACGAUGUAACGAAGAGUGAGCGGUCAGUCCAAUCUGGGCUGCAUGCACACACAAUUGGGGCUGUACUUGCAGGUGAUUGUACUGCUCAGAUUGCUGCCCAUGAGGUUUCAUCAUCACCAGUCAUACAAAGAUUCCAAAGCGGUUUUUACGAUCAUGG